UUCAGCCAUUUUGCCACAACUUUGGAAGUAUGCUUGGGGUCAUUGUCCAUUUGGCAGACCGAUUUGUGACCAAGCUUUAACUUCCUGACUGAUGUCUUGAGAUGUUGCUUCCAUAUAUCCACAUAAUUUGCAUGGUCCCAUGGUGUUUAUACUUGCAUACUUUUGUUUCUACAGAUGAACGUGGUACCUUUAGGCAUUUGGAAAAUGCUCCCCUGGAUGAACCAGACUUGUGGAGGUCUACAAUUUUUUUUCUGUGGUCUUGGCUGAUUUCUUUUGAUUUUCCCAUGAUGUCAAGCGAAGUUGCACUGAAUUUGAAGGGAGGCCUGCAUAGAACGUGGAUCGAUAACUGCAGCGAUGUUAGAGACCAGCAGCUUCUUCUGGUUCUCAUGCCUAACUAAUCAUGGACUCACUCAUACAUAUCAGCCCCUGAGAGACCAACACACAACAGUGAUGGCAUACCAACAGAUAAAACUGGGAAAGGGGAAUACCUAGUCAGUUGUACAUCUGAAUGGAUUCAACCAAAAUGUGUCUUCCACAUUUAACCCGACCCCUCUGUAUCAGAGAGGUGCAGAAGGCUGCCUUAAUCAACGUCCACAUCGGUGCCCAAGGAACAGACCUUAUCAACCCCGGGGGGUUGGGCACAGCAGAGAACCAGGUGACCGUGGAAGCCCUCUAUGACCUCUCAGUGGACAUCCAGAAGAUCCACCAGCUCAAGGGUUGGGUCCUGCACCAGAGCCCUGCCUACGUGAGUGAGAUGGCCAGCAUGCUGCAAGACAUUGGGGCAGAGGGCCUCGUGAACGCCUGGGUCCUUGAGCUUUACCCCGAGGCAGUCCUCGGGGUAAGGCCCAGAGCUGUGGAGAUCCAUCUGACCCAUCUGACUUGGAUCAUUGAGACGUUCCUUGCCUCCUUCUUCACCUGCUCCAGCCAUCACGCCAACCAGAGGGCCAACAUCGACUACUUCCAGUUUGCACCAGAACAAGCGCAUCGUCACAAAGCUGAUGGCCAGCACCCCCAGAGUUUCAGAUGCCCUGUGGGGCAGAGCGAGGAAAUUAUCCACCUGGAGCUGAGGGGCGAUGCGACCAACAUGAAGAUCUGGCUGCAGAAGCUGCUCAGUCAGAACCCCUUCGUGCUCCUCAAGCCCUCAGAGGUCCUGAGCCGAGACAAGGGACUUCGCCACCGCUGAAUUGCUCCUCCUCCAACUCCUCUCCAAGCAUGCGUCUCAACUUGGCUUACUCGAAGGAGACUCUGUGCUGCUCAGAUGCCAACUGUCCAGCCUUGCUCUACUACCCUGAGGCCAUCCUGGCUGAAUGCUUUGAAGGCCUCCUCAGAGCUGGCCAACCGUUCUGGAGCUGACCACACAAAUAUAGUUACUGUAUGCAAAGUUCUCAUAUUUGGGAACCCUAUUAGAUUGUUUUUAUUAAAUUCUUGCUGGUAUGAGAACGGGAGCCCCUAUCAGCAAAGUAGUGUGUUUGCGGAAAGCUGAGUAUUUUGACUAUUGAUCGGUGUCUUCGAAUCUUUGGUAUGACUUACUACCACAUAUGGGCAUGUACACAUUUAUAAGGGCAGGCCGAGCCAUGACCAAAUUUCAAGAUGGCUGCUACCUACAUUCUGGUUAGCGUUGUGAAGCCUAAACAACAUAAACACGCAAUAUGUUGAUACACACCGAAAGCCGGGACUCCACAGAUCAUGAGGAUAUCAUAUUUGUCUGCCUGUGACCUACCAUUAUUGACCUCCAGGCCCAAGAGUCAAAAUGUUUAUUUUACACGUUUUCACCAAACCUCUUACUAGGUAAGCUUCGGUUUGGUCUGUGUUUGAGCUAUAGCUACAUGGGGAUAUCAAAUGAAUCCUUAGGUUGGUAGAAACAAAUCUAGCCUAUUGCCAUUUUAUCUGAUGAUGUAUGACUUAAUGGCAACAUCAAAUGUCCCCCGAGUGACUAUAUCUUUGCGCAUAAGAAAAUGGUGUUGCCUGUUUACGCACUGUAGGCAUCCAUAUCCCCUGUAUGUUCCCCGACACCACCACAAUGUUUUCGAGAGGUUGAUGUUGUAGAAAUUGAGAUUUUAUAGUGAACAAUAACUAUUAGGAACAUCCAGUGUGCAAAAACUGUGCAAUUACCACAUUUUGACACUUUAGAGAAGUUGAAAGAACACUUGAAUGGACCCUGAAUACCCCAUAACACCACCACAAUGUUAUAGUGAGGUUGAUAUGGUAGAAAUUGUGAUUUUAAACUGAACAAAUAGCAUUUAGGGAUUGCAAAUAUGUAAUAGCGCUGUAAUUAUCUAAUUUACACACAUAUGCCACUUUGGUGACCACACCUGACGACCACACCUGACCACUUACAAAAACAUCUGCCCAUUUAUAGUUGUUAGGUCUAUCAAUCCCAUUUUUUCUGAUAUUGUUCACAUGUUGUGGGAGCCAUCUGAUGUGUUUCCAGCUCUGAACAUCAAUAAUUCACUUAUAGCUUGUCAAUGGAA